AUGUGCCCUGGUGUCACCGUGUCCCCUGGUGUCACCGUGUCCCCCGUGUCCCCACAGGAGGCCAUCAUGGACGGCACGGAGAUCGCCGUGUCCCCCCGCAGCCUCCACAGCGAGCUCAUGUGCCCCAUCUGCCUGGACAUGCUCAAGAACACCAUGACCACCAAGGAGUGUCUGCACCGCUUCUGCUCCGACUGUAUCGUCACCGCGCUGCGCAGCGGGAACAAGGAGUGCCCCACGUGCCGGAAGAAGCUGGUGUCCAAGCGGUCGCUGCGGCCCGACCCCAACUUCGACGCGCUCAUCUCCAAGAUCUACCCGAGUCGCGACGAGUACGAGGCCCAUCAGGACCGCGUGUUGGCCAAGCUCAGCCGGCUGCACAACCAGCAGGCGCUCAGCAGCAGCAUCGAGGAGGGCCUCAAGAUGCAGGCCAUGCACAGGUUCUUCAUGAGGUUCUUCAUGCCGUUGUUGGUGGAGAAGGGGGAGUACUCGCAGACCAGGUACGUGAAGACCACGGCCAACGCCACCGUGGACCACCUCUCCAAGUACCUGGCGCUGCGCAUCGCGCUGGAGGAGGCGCCGGCGCCGGGCCCGGACGCCGCGGGGCUGGAGGACGUCAGCGAGAAGCAGUACACCAUCUACAUCACCACGGCCGCCGGCGCCUUCACGGUACCGCCGAGGGGACACCGGGACGGUGGGGAGGGUGACGGGGGACACCGGGACGUUGGGGAGGGGUGA